AUGGCAUCCUCCAUGAACAAGUACUGGAUCCCACACCAGGAUAUUCAUAGAAGGGUCAUCACCCAAGAGCUCCAGUACUACCUGGGUCCCCAGGCCACCGUCCGCCCUUAUACGUUGGAGGGAGAGGAUGGUUUCCUCAUCACCACCCCCGGCUCUUGCCUGACAGAUGAACAAAUCGAUGAUAUCUGUCGAAAAUCAAAGGAUCUAUGGGAUCGACAGGCGGCCGCCAAAGUCCAGCAGAAUCCAGAAAAGCCACUAAAGCGACCGUUGCACCAGCCCAUCAUCGUUUCCAGAGGGGCACCCAGGGACGCUCGACGCCACCGCGAUCGUCGUUGA